AUGUCUUGUUGGCAUGGAAACCUCCCAGCAGAAUGUGGAUCACUCUCUGUGUAUUUGCGAUUGCUAGCAUUGACGAUGAAAGUUCUCAUUCCAACCUCCUCAUGGGAAACCGCGUGGUUUACCACUGCCUUGAUCAUAUCAGCCUAUCUCUUUUUGCAGCCCGCAUCAUAUGGAAGAUUCCACGCAACGAAUCGAUAUACACUUACGGUGCCAGGCAAAGCAGGCUGGUUCAUUCAAGAAUUAGUUAGUCCAAUAUGCUUUCUGCUAUCCUUCUUUUCGGAUCCUGAGCAAGUACAGCGACAAGCGGACAUUAAACUGUUCUCACUUGGAACCGUCGCGUGCAUAUGCUGGACGUUGCAUUACUUCAAUCGAGUAUUUGUAUAUACGUACAGGGCACCCCACAUGAGUCCCACUCGCAUUGAGAUCGUUCUUGCGGCCAUUUUGUUCAAUUUGGUAAAUGGGACGUGGAAUGGAGCUGUGGCACGGAAAUAUGCAGAACGAUCAAUAUGGGAGUAUGACAAAAGAGCGUCCUUGUGUUGUGGUAUCGCAUUAUUUUUGUGGGGAAUGUACGUGAACAUCAUAUCGGACAACGAAUUGAUGAGGUUGCGACGGCAAAAGGUGCCAUGCCAGCAGGGGAGUGUAACACUGUCGAACGGGAGAAAGUAUUUCAUACCAGAGGAGAAUAUGCAUCGGUUCGUUUCAUGCGCCAAUUACUUUGGAGAGAUUGUUGAAUGGACGGGAUACGCACUUUUUAUGGAUGGUGAGACGGCCGCAGUGGGAUUUUGGGUGUGGACGCUGGCGAAUUUGGUUCCCAGGGCCGUCCAAACAAAUAAGUGGUAUCGACGAACUUUUGGGGAAAAGUACCCCAAGAAUAGGAAAGCAGUGAUACCCUUUGUACUAUAGACAUGACUAGAAGAAAACCAGAUGCUUGGCUCGUGAUCGAUUGGGCACCGGUCGUGUUUUGACGCACAGGCGAGUACGACUUGUAGCGGUUAUUGGCCAACAUCCGGUUUGAGGUUUGAAAGAAACGACAAUGGGAGAGUGCCGUGAAGGGAAGCUCCAUGGAAAAUGGACUGUUCUGUGUGUGCUACCUCUCAGUAGUCAUGCACACCCACCACAGUCAACCCACCAACC